AUGACAGAUUGUUGCAAGGAAGAGAAGUAUGGUAAGGGCCUAUUUGUUGACUCGGGGGAAGCCUUAGAUGAGCAAGGCGAUGGAGAAGAACAAGAGGCAAUUUAUGACCGCGACGGAGAGGUUGAUGAGGAGUUUGUCAAUGGGGAUCAUGGUCCUCUCUUGAUGGUUAGGAGGGUGUGCUUUACACGCCAGAAAGCGGAAGGUGAGGAUGAGCAGCGCCACAAUCUUUUUCACUCGACAUGCACUAUUGGGGCAAGUUUGGAGUGGAUCAAAAAGGGCAUCGAGGUAAUAGUAUCUAAGCGUUUCCUCGUAUCUUUUUCAAUUGGGUCCAAAUACAAGGAUAAGGCAUGGUGUGAUGUGGUGGCCAUGGAUGCAUGCCACUUGUUGUUAGGGAGACCGUGGCAAUAUGACUGGAGUGCUCACCAUGAUGGAAGAAAGAACACAUAUAGCUUCAUGGUAGACAACGUGAAACUGACACUCCUACCAAGCUUGGGGGACGGACCUAAACCCGCAAAGGGGGCAGGCCACUCUCAAUCCCUCUUGACAAAGCGGGAAUUUAUCACCGAGAUGUUGGCAUCGAAGGUUGUGUAUGUGUUGUUGGGCAAGGAGGACGACACCUUGGAAGCGGUGCCAGAAGCGGCCAAGGGAUUAGUGGAAGAGUUCGCCGAUGUGUUUCCAGUGGAGUUACUCGAAGAGCUUCCCCCUCUUCGUGACAUUCAACAUCAAAUUGACUUAGUGCCCAGUCUACCUAAUCGACCACACUACCACAUGAGCCCCAAAGAACAUGAAGAAUUGAGGCGACAAGUGGAGGGGUUAUUGGCCAAGGGGCAUAUUCGAGAGAGUUUGAGUCCAUGUGCAAUACUAGCUUUGCUCACUCCCAAGAAGGAUGGCACAUAG